CUUGAAACAAAAACAGCCCAUAACAUCAAUACAUCAUUCACUGAUAAGAGAGUCUAUGAAAGAUUAAACCAAUCUCUACUUUCUUUAAUAACAUGAACCAACUAUUCAGUUCAAAUGCCUUCAAAACUUCUAUUCUGUGUUCUGCGCACGGGGCGAUUGCGUCAAACGUACCGAUUAUAUCAGCCUUACAUUUGCUUGACGUCGAACACGCGCAACAUGUUAUUACCAGUUCGUCAAGUGGCUUCGAUUGCGGCUGUGCUUAAUCAUAAUCGCAAAAUGGUGCUCGAAACAUCGACACGUGCUGCAGCAUCAUCCGCGGAAGUGGCAGUAAAUUCGCCAAAGGUGAACAUACCACCUGCUAAGCUUCACCAAAACUAUGGUUUGGAGCAACCCAUAGAAGAAAACUAUGAAAAUGCUGUGAAUGUUUUGAAUACGUUACAAUCGAAUUACAGUGUCAUCCAAAACUCGACCAAUAGGCAUACUUCAGAUUCGAUACAUAUUCAAGAGACGCUUAAAUAUUUAGGCAGAAUAGGAAUUUCUACUGAUCAACUGGAUAAACUGCCUGCCAUUCACAUUUCUGGAAGUAAGGGGAAGGGUUCAACCUGUUCACUGGUCGAGUCAAUACUACGUGCUCAUGGCUAUCGAACUGGUUUCUUCAGCUCUCCGCAUCUAGUUUCUGUCACAGAACGAAUACGUCUUAAUGGAGUUCCUAUUGAAAAGGACAAAUUUGGGCGCUAUUUUUGGAAAGUUUACAGUCAGCUUUACACUAAUCGCACACAUCCACGUGAUUUACCGGCUUAUUUUAAUUGUUUAACAAUACUUGCCUUUGAUAUUUUUCUGCGGGAAAAAGUCGACGUUGCUAUCAUAGAGGUUGGUAUUGGCGGUAGAUAUGACUGCACGAACGUGUUGCGACAGACGAAAACGAUUGGCAUUACAUCACUUGGGUUAGAGCAUACAAAAUUACUUGGAGAUUCAUUAGACGAGAUUGCAUGGCAAAAGGCUGGUAUUAUUAAAAAUGCAUCAGAUACCUUCACCGUUUGUCAGCCAAAUUGUUGCCUGGAUGUCAUCCGAGAGGAGUGUCAAAAAAUGAACAGCAAGUUUCAUUUGGUGCCAGAUAUUGAAUGUUAUCAAUGGGAGCGAAAGCCAAAUUUCAAUUCGAACAAUUUAGCAUUUCGGUUGAAUAUGUCUCUUGCUGUUCAAAUAGCUUUAAAUUGGAUAGGGAAAACCAGACCUGAAAUGAUUUCCACCCAAGGAGGUACUUUAUCAGAGAUGGUCAGCAGAGGUAUUGAAAACUGCUUCUGGCCGGGAAGGUGUCACCAAAUUUUGAAGGACAACAAGCGAUUAUUUCUGGACGGGGCUCACACUGUGGAGAGUAUGGAAAUCUGUGCUCGCUGGUUUCAAUUAUGCCAAAGGCAGGGUAACCCGAAACUAUUGAUAUUCAACGCAACUGGUGAUCGAGAUAGUGGGAAGCUUUUGAAUAUUCUAAAUAAGUACAUUCAAUUUGAUGCAGUUUUCUUUUCACCUAAUGUGGCUUCUCAUCAACUAAAAAAUAUUGAUUCUCUUAAUUUGUGUUUCCCAAACGAACAGCAGAUUAAGCGCUGUGAAGAAAACGAACGCUUUUGGAAUGAUCUGACUAAUCAACACAAACAUACGCGAUGUAAAGCUCAUGUGCAUCUCGCAAUUGAUUCUAUACUAAAACAAGUUGAUAACAAUUAUUCAUCGCUUCAAGAAUGUGAUAUUUUAGUUACGGGUUCAUUACAUCUAAUUGGCGCUGUUCUGACGGCAUUGAAGAUGGAAUCGCACGUCAUAUCUGCCACGUAAAAUGUAUUACAAAUCUUAUACUGCGCGUUUCACGUCGAACGAGAAGCAUCGGAUGUAUAGAAAGGCACAUGUCCAAAGGUAAUGGUAUUUUUCACAACGCUGCGAUUUUAUGCACAUGUGAUCCUUAACAUUACAACAAAGUCUCAACAGUAAUACAGUAUUCACAUUAUGUGCACCAACAUAGAACUCAAAGAAUAUCCUUACUGCUCACAAAGAAACUGUGUUAUCUGGUGCAGAUGUUAGUUGGAAUGCAAAAGAGCGUAUAAACUCUUGCGAAAAAGUGGGAAUCGGGGGAAGCGAGUGUCUUUUCAUGAUGACGCAUGUAAUUAAAAUGGCUGUCGGAAAACGACGAGAGGCAAAAUAAUUGCUGCCGCAGCUGCUGCCCUAUACGAAAGAGAACCAACAAGGGCGGUUUUGUGAUGAAUUUAAAUGAGGAGGCAUGCUUUCGCAAUUCAUCACACUCCAAAUCUGCACAGUGUACAAUCUUCGUUGUAUUUGGUUAUGGGUAUGGAAUUUAAUUUACCUGUUCUAAUGUUUCUGUACCAAACCCUGAUUAAAAACAGACUUACGUAUAUUUGUUUUCAGUAAUUGUUGGGUUAAUGGUAAUGGGAAAAGGUAUGAAAUAUGUUCAUUAAUUAGGCGUGAUGAUAACCAAAUGGUUACAGGAAUUAUUUGAAAACCGUUUUUCGCUUUUCAAACAGCAAACUAAAACAUCCUAGUAAUUACUGUAAGCCAGUCAUAGAAGCUGUGAGAUAGAUAGAUUUAAAUUUAGAACAACCUAAAUGCUAUGCAAUCCUCGAUGAAUGAUUUUUUACUGUGUUGACGAACAAUAAAAACGGAAUAGCCAUUCUAAUAUACUAGCCAACAUUAUUUAAUU